CAGUGAGUACCGUCUAAUGGUACCAAUCUAAUAAUACCAAUAUAACAGAACCAACAUAACACCGCGUGCGCAAACGAAACACCUUAUGGCGCUUUUCGUUCUAAAAGUCAGGAUCGGCUCGAAUUCGAAAUCUAAUAUCGGACGGAAGCGACUUGAAGCAGACGAAAUUCCGCCAUGCAGUAGUAGCAGCAGCAACAUGAACGUAGCCGGUGAUAUCGCGCAGCUGUCCUACAAGGAACUGCAGGCCCUGGCCUUGAGGUACCGCGUGCCGGGCAACAUCAAGAAGAAAGUUCUGGUUAAAGUGCUGCAAGCCGCCAGAAGCGGAAAUGAGGCCGAAUUCAGCCGACUGCUGCAAGAACUGAGGAAGAACCGUAAGAGGAAGACGAGGAAGCCAAAGGAUUCAAAGCUCGGGAUAACAUCCACGCCGUUGCACAGUCCCGAGUAUGUAAUGGCUGACGAUGACUAUUACUGCCAGCAACAGCAGCAGCAGCCGCAACAGCAGCCACCUUAUCAGUGGUAUUUCCCGUUGUUGCAGGUUGGCGCCGAAGAGGAGAUUAUGAGCAGGGAUGACGACAACAAGAUCCCGCAUUACGACGAGUUCAAGCAGUUCCUGCUUAAGAGAAUUCAGCGUGAGUUUCAAACGUGCGACACCAACAACAAUCAGGACUUGAGCAUCAUGGACUUGCGGACAGCGACAGGCAUAUCGCCAAAUAUGCAAGCGAUCUCUCUCGACGUGUCAAGUUAUUCCAAGGCGAAUAUCAUCAACAACGCGGACCCGCUCGCGAUGUCCAAUAUGGACAGGCCGAACUACCAGGUGCUGAAAGAGUCUGAAAGCAACUCGCAAGGUCCGUUCUUGCUGAAGAGGAUGUUACAGGCGCCGGUGGGCGCUAACUUGGGCGAGAUUGCCAGUUCGCUGUUCUGGGCCAGUAAUUUACUGGAUAAUUCCGACACUCUGACUGCUGAAUCCGAAAGCAAUGAGAACGAGGAUCAAUUGGAGGCCACCGUCAACGCCACAGAAUACUAUGGUCUACUGAAGAACGCUAAAGGAGAAUUUCUUUUGAACGAGGCGAACCUGAGGAAUGUGGACGCACUGGUGCCUCAGGGCUCUGGAGUUCUCACCAACGAGGAUCAGUACAGGUAUCCCGGCGACUUGGACAAUCGUCAGAAUUAUCAGAACUGGACCGUUACUAGUGUAAUGGAGAUGCCCGAGAACGAUCUACAGUCGUCUAAGAUGUUUCACACGAUUUACUACAACAACACGGACUCCGCCGUGGCUGCGCACGCCACGGAUAACAAUCUUCCGUAUCAGUAUCAGACCAACACCGAGACCUGCAAUGGGAGUCAGAACUUUCUUAACUUCGACACCGGCUACACGACCGGUAACGACAUGAUGACACCUAACGACACAACUGACAUGUAUUAUCUGCAAAACUCAGGCAAGAAUGGCGAAGAUAUCGGUGCGGGAUAUUUCCGCGGUGUCGAGCCGCUCGUGCAAAAUUGCGCGCAGCAAAAUGUUUACGCGAACGAUCAGCAGACGUUUUCAAACGACAUACGCGGCACCUCCGAAGUCACCUAUCAGUACUUAUAUCCACGACUCACGCAAGAGACUAAUCACACGUUGCAUGAACGUUUGGAAAACCAACAGACCGAUAACAACAUCAUGACCGGAGUGGAGUGUGGUAUCAAUCAGGCGACCAAUGCAGCGAGUAUGCAAGGAUUGUCGAAUGGAACAGUGGAGCCGUUUUGGCCGAAGUGGACCACCCAGAUCAGCAACAAUUUGGAAAACAUCCUCAACUACAACGUGUCAAAGCAAGUGGACUACACCAAGCUGGGCCAGACAUCCUGCGUGUAUUGUUACAUGGCGCCGAUCGUCUCACAGAGAUCCAGCCUGGCGAACAACACUUGCUCGCAAUCGCGGAGAUACACCGCCGAGCAGAGACAACAUUCCUUCUCAGCCUAUUGGAUGCUCUAUAAUGAUACCUCGCAGGGCAUGCGAAUGACGAACAUGUCCAAUGAUCAUCAGCCCGAACAAUCUGUGACGACGGCGACGACCACAACGACGAUGCACGCCAGUACCAUGCCUAGCAACGACGAUCUGAGAGAAACCGACAUCGAGAUUCCGAUCAACGACGUGUGGAUGAAUCAGUACGAGCCAGCAGGGAUCGCCGAAGACAUCAAUGUCCAAGCGCCGGACUCGCUUUUUUGCAACGUUACCGCUGUGCGGAUCGACGACAUUACCACGCCGGAUAUCGCCAAGACUUAAGGUACGGCCACGAGUCGUGGCUCGAAGAAGAAUGGGCAACCUUGAUGUCCGAGCCAUGGAAUGUCAACGAAGGAUGUUCCCACCGGGAAUAAUCGCGACUCUUUUGUUUCCAUACCGUGGAUAUGUAACCGCGGACUGUUAUUACACCGGCUCGGAAGUAGAGCGACCACGAAGCUCUUCCAUCUUCGAACCGCGCUUCUACACGACAUCUGAGCAAUUACUUUGCGAGACCGCCGGCGGCAUAAGCUCUUCCAUUUCCACGUCAACGACUGACACGUACAAUUAUUUCUCUGGUUUAGAAUUGGAGCGGGCGAUAUCCAAGCCAGAAAUCAAUACCAAAGAGAAAUGGAAGCAGAAUAGUCGAUAUCAUCUCGCAGAUAGACGUUCGAUUUUAUCUGCGAACAUAUACGACGUCCCUCCUCUGCCUCCAUUAUAUUCCUACUUCCUAGAGAGAUAAACGCUUCAGGACUAAAACGACCGGUGUCAUGCUACAUCUUGGAAGUAGAGAGACAAACGUAUCUUACUCCUGAACAUAAGGCGAUUAGAUUCUUAUGUUGUUAAAUAUAUUCGGAGCGUUAUUCACGCUAAAUCGUGUGUGAUACCGCGCGAUGUGAGAAUUUAUGUUUUUUUCAUAAGCAACGGAUAUCUUGAGAAUUUUUAUAAUUGAAUCACACGCGAUUCUUAUGUGCUUUUUCUUGGAUCACGCAGUGACUUCGCAGGAUAUUGUAUAUUUAAUUAUAAAUAAAAAAAUAAAGUUAAAGAGAGCAUCAGAAAA